AAUGGUAAUAUAUGCAUAAUAUAGUGUAGAGUGGCAUUGCAAAGAGCGCAAAAGGAGGAAAAGGUGGAAAAGGCGGAAAAGGAGGAAAAUUUGGUCAAGGAAAGAAUAAGAAAGCCCCCUAAUCUAGGUCAUUGAAAGCAGGGCUUUAAGUAGUGAAUUUCACAAUAAUAAGUUCCCUGUGGGUCGUAUUCAUAGAUAUUUGAAGUAAAGAGUAUCAGCCAAGAACAGAGUAGGAACAACAUCAGCUGUAUACACAUCAGCAAUUUUAGAGUAUUUGACAGCUGAAGUACUUGAAUUAGCUGGAAAUGCUUCAAAAGACUUUAAAGGUAUUUUAAAUAUGAUUAACUUCUUUUUUAGUGAGAAGAAUCACACCAAGACAUCUUUAGUUAGCAAUUAGAGGUGAUGAGGAACUAGAUAUUCUUAUUAGAGCAACUAUUGCAGGAGGUGGUGUUAUCCCACAUAUUCACAAGGCUCUAUUAGGAAAAUAAACACCAGAAGGAGGAAUUCCAAAGGAAUGAU